CCGGGUGUAAGUGCAUGGGAAAGUCCAAGCCUGAGCACCUGCUGCCCUGAUCACCAUGGAGCGGGCCGGCUUCGCGCUGCUGCUGCUCCUGCUGCUGCCUGCCGCCUCUCCGCGAGAAGAUCGGAUCAUUGGGGGCACUGAGUGCCCGGAGUUGGGGCACCCCUGGCUGGUUCUCCUCUACUACUUUGACCAACACUACUGCUCCGGCAUCCUGCUGAACCAAAACUGGGUUCUCACUGCCGCCCACUGCCAGCAGAGUCACAUCCAGGUGCGCCUGGGGGAGCACAGCCGUGGAACCAGCUCGGGGAACGAGCAGUUCUCCGCCGCUCAGGAAAUCAUCCCCCACCCCGGGUUCCGCGCCCCCAGCGCCGGCAGCCGGGACUACGAGAAUGACAUCAUGCUGCUCCGCCUGUCACCCCCGGCCAGCUACACUGACUACGUGCAGCCCCUGGCACUGACCGACAGCUGCCCCCCAGAAGGGACCCGCUGCACCGUGAUGGGAUGGGGCACCACCACCAGCCCCGCCGAGACGUACCCUGAUGUCCCCCAGUGUGUGGACAUCAAUAUUGUCUCCAACACCAUCUGCCAGGAUGCGUACCCCGAGAAAGUGACUGAGAACAUGCUCUGUGCUGGGGUGCUGGAGGGAGGCAAAGACUCCUGCCAGGGCGACUCCGGCGGCCCCCUGGUCUGUAACGGGAAGCUGCAGGGUGUGGUUUCCUGGGGAGAUCACCCCUGCGCCCAGCCCAACAAGCCUGGGGUCUACACCAGCAUCUGCAAAUACCUCACCUGGAUCCAGGAGACCAUCGCGGGGAAGUGAUGGCCCUGGGGUCCGGGACUGGGGCCAGGUGGGGCAAAGAGGGUAAUUACUGACCCCAGCCUGGAGUGACGGAGAUGCAAUAAAU